GUGAUCACAAAGAAACGCCAGCUUUUGCAAAGCGCAGUGGCUCAGUGUCCAGUGAAGCCUUGGCAUUGCCCCUCUUCCGCUACCACUGAUGGCCGCCACGCGUGAUGUCGGACGCCGAGCUCUGCACCGAAUGACCGGCUCGGUCAGCGGCGUCAAUUGGCGCCCGACGCUUUUCGAGGACGAGGUGACGUUGAAUCGUUACGCCUGCUGUAUCUGUUACGUUCUUCCAAGCACGACGUUCGUGCUUCCCUGUUCGCACGGCUUGUGCAAAAAGUGCUGUGCUGGCUGUGUGAUCGAAGAUGGCGGAAGCGUCUGUCCCCUGGACGGAGAGUCGUUCUGCGAGGCCGAGUGCCAGGAGUUGCAGCUUCCAGCUAGGAAGAAGCGGGGCCUUAAGGCCUACUGCUGGAAUAAGCCAUACGGCUGCGAUUUCGUCGGCCCUCUGGUGGCGGUGCUGCACCACUACGAGGAAGAUUGCACCUUUCACACGUUCCAGUGUCAACAGUGCGGCGAGAAUAUCAUGAUAGAUGUGUUGGCUGCUCACUACAUGGGUCGGUGCAGCAACAUAUCCUCAAGUGCGGCAAUCGACGAAGUUCCUGGACAGGAUGACACUUCCGUCGCCAGCCAUGACGUCACCGUGGUUCGGCACGAAGCCGACGAGCAAUUGCUGUGUACGUAUGAAGAAGACAGGAUAACCGCGCUUCAGCGCUCGAUCGACACACUGACGGUACUGGCCACAAACAUAGACGCAAGGCUCGACGAGACAGAGGAGCAGCUUGAGAAGCUGGAAAUGAAGAGUUAGCUGCCAGCCUUGUGACUGUAAUUGACGUGGCGCCACCCGCCGAUAUAUCUUCUAUGACAACCGGCUUUGCCUUGCAACUGCAGCACCACGCGUUUAUUUUGUUCUUGGAAUAAGUUUCCGGGCUACUAGUAGGUGAGGCCACAGCCAGAGCAUGUCCUGGUGUUCUAGAGAAGCAGUGACGGUAGGUGAUGACGAACAACCUUCGGGAUUGCAAUGAUUUUACGCGAUUCGUUGCCGCCUCAAUGGAGCGCAUAGUCUCCCUCAUAUAGGCGUAUUACGCAAAGGAUUGUUAUCCAAGCCGGAGGAGAUCCAUUGAAAUCGCCACACGUGACUUACGGAAGACACCAGACUUCGUUCGUCGUGCACCGACGCUUCUGCGACUCGUGGAGUGUCAUGCGAACUGUCGCCACUCGAUUUGUCGAUGGAUUGCGAGCCUUUCGUAGUCGCCUUUUUUAUCUCAUUGUUUUACUUUUCACAAUCACUCACAGCAUACAGAGACUACGCUGGCUGUUUGUCGGAAGCUCUGUGAACGAAUAAAGAACUUGCUGAUUGCUCUUUUGA